AUGCAAAAUGCAGAAAUGAUAGUCAUGGAGGAUUUACGUGCAUGUGUCAAACUGGAUAUAGUGGAACGACUUGCGAAGAUGAUUUUGACGAAUGCAGCCUCGGAAAUCCCUGUAUGCACCGCGGACGUUGCCACAACAGCGUUGGAAGCUACAGUUCAAUGUGCCGGCCAACUGAAGUUUGCAAAAAACGGGGAAGAGGACUUCGCUGUCUUUGUGCUCCAGGAUGGAAUGGCAAAAAUUACGAGCAUAGUCUUACAAACUAUGAGCACAUACGAAGAUUACAACAAAGCAUCUCGUCGCUAUGACGACCAGAGAGCAGCUGUUGGAUCGGACGUUAUGGCUGCAAUGUUGCAGUUCUAUAUUGGGAAAAAAUUACAGGAUUUGCAAAUAUUAGAUGCUGGCUGUGGAACCGGAAAUUAUGCAAAAUCACUCAUUGAACAUGGAGCUCGUCAGAUCUCACUUCUUGAUUCCUCUCCGGGAAUGUUAGAAAAAGCUAAAGACAAACUGAGUGACUACAUAGCAAACGGAACUGUUAAAGACUUUAUUGAGGCAAAGAUGCCACCACUUCCGUUUUCAGAUGAAACAUUUGAUGUUGUUAUGUUCAAUGUGGUUUUAAACCAUCUGGACAGAGGGAAUCCUGAAUUUCCCAAUUGUGUGAAUACACUCAAAGAAACCGUAAGGAUCCUACGACCAGAUGGCUUCAUCAUUGUAUCAACAAUGCUUCCGUCUGUGGCACAUAAUGUCAUGUGGUUUACGCAGCUGAAUAUGAAAUUAACCAAACGAUUCACCGACGAAUGUAUUCCUUCUGUUGAGCAGAUUGAAAAAAUGUUUGAAGAUGCUGGUAUCCAGUGUAUUCAGAAAUUGAGUAUACUGGGUUCGGAUAUGUACAAAUCCUAUUACAACUUGGAUGGUCCCUUAGACGAGUCAUGGCGUGCAACCAGUUCAUAUUGGUCGUUUGCGACAAGUGAAGAGGUGGCUGAAGCUGUUGAAAGAGUAAAAUCAUUAAAAGCAAGUGGAGAAUAUGAGCAAUGGGUCAAGGAACAUGACCUUGCAAGUAGUUCUGGUUUUCUCACCAUAUUCUUUUGUAAACCUCGUACGACGGAUAAAACUAUUCCUCUACCAGAAUAG